GAAGAGAGCAGUUCUGUUAUUGUUAUCAUAAAAUAUCAUCAUCAAGCAAACUUCUUGGAAGCUGCAGACAAUGGUGACACCAGGGCUCUCUAUUUCUUGGAAAAUUCUCGAGUCUUAUCAAGAACAGCACACUUGCUAUAAAAGCUACAUAAAGAAUCAAGUUAAAAACCUAAAAAUAAACUUAAUCUUCAAUCUUUUCCACAAUGGAAGAAGUAAGGCUAUACGGAUUUUGGCCAAGCCCUUAUGUGUACAGAGUGAUAUGGGCACUGAAGCCGAAAGGUGUUCAAUAUGAGUACAUAGAAGAAGACGUCUCCAAUAAAAGCCAGGAUCUUUUACGGUACAAUCCAGUUCACAAGACGGUCCCUGUGCUCGUUCAUGGCGGCAAACCAGUUGCAGAAUCACUGGUUAUCCUCGAAUACAUCGAAGAAACAUGGAGUCAGAACCCUUUGCUGCCUGCAGAUCCUCAUGAGAGAGCCAUGGCUCGAUUCUGGAUUGAUUUUGGAGAGCAAAAGGGUCGCACAAUUUUCUCAUUCUUUCUGGCUACUGAAGAGGAUAAAGAAAAGGCAACAAAAGAAGUAAUAGAGAUUCUGAAAAUUAUUGAAGAUCAGGCUCUAGGAGAUAAGAAAUUUUUUGGUGGCAAUAAAAUUGGAUUACUGGACAUAUCAUUUGGCUGGCUUGCUCAUUGGUUUGCACGCACACAAGAAGCCGUGGGCGAACAAAUUCUGGAACCUAGUACUUUUCCUCGAUUAUAUGAAUGGACUCUGAACUUUAGGGAAGAACCAGUCAUUAAGGAAAAUCUUCCUGACAGCAGCAAGUUGCUGACACAUUUUAGAAGGGUUAGAGAAAAGUUUUCAUCACCAAAUCCUAAGUGAAUGCUUCCCUUCUUUUUCCGUUUCUUAGUAUGUGUUUAAUUUGAAAGUCAUUCAUUUGAAUCCUUGUAUGGCAAGAUAUUAGAAUAAAUGAUCAAAUUAAUGACAUCUGGAAGUGUUGCUCAA